AUGUCUGAAAAGAAUGAAAUAAAUGGAAGUAAUUCAUCUUCAAAUAACUUAUAUUUAGAUAAACCAUGUACAAAGAAAGAAUUAUAUGGUAAUGAAUUAUUUGGUUUUGGUUCAAUGCAAGGAUGGAGAAAAACAAAUGAAGAUUUUUCGAAAUAUUUAAUACCAUUUGAUAAUUAUUUAUGGAAAGACUGGGCUUUUUUUCUAUAUUUGAUGGUCAUAAUGGAAAGCGAAACAGCAAAAAAUGCUGCUAAUAUUAUUGAUAAAUAUCUUCUAGAAUCUCUUAAUAAAAUUCAAUCUAAUAUUGAUUAUAAUCGAUUAAAUGAUAUUAUUAAAAGAACAUUUAGUGAAUUGGAUAAACAUUUACGUGGAAUUGUUCACGAUGAUAGUGGAUCUGUUUGUAUAGCAUCAUUAAUUGGUCCAAAUGAUAUUUAUUUAAUUAAUAUAGGAGAAUCUCGUGGAAUAAUUAUAUCAAAAGAUGGACAAGUUUUAUCAUCUACAAAAGAUCAUAAACCAACUGUUCGAAAAGAACAACAACGUAUACGUCGAGCAGGUGGUCAAAUAACAAAAGCUACUAAUGAUGUAUUACGUGUUGAAAAUCAACUUGCUAUGACACGUGCAUUAGGAGAUUAUUCAUUAGAUAAACAUAUUAUACCAGCUUUACCUGAUAUAAUUCAAUAUCGAAGAGAUUCAUCAGCAUCAUUUGUUAUAAUUGCUUCGGAUGGAAUUUGGGAUGUUAUCAAUAAUGAACAAGUUGCAUUAUUUGUUUCUCAACGAGCAUCAAAUAAAAGUUUAUCUGAAAUAAUAUCAGAUUUAUUUGAUAAAUGUUUACAAGAAGAAUCUUCUGAUAAUAUGACUGCUUUUAUCAUUAAACUAGAUUAA